AUGAUACGGAUAGUCUUGCGACUAUCAAUUCAUCUUAUUCUACUUUCCGUUGGUGUAAGAGCUGAAGGUGUGCUGAUUGGAUUGCGUAGGUGUCUAACUCUUUGUGAUUUCAGACCCAACUCUCUCGGCAACUGUGCUUGGCGGUGACUUGGAACCCUUUGAUAUUCCGUUGGAAGAACUUGAAAAGGAUACGAAACAAGUGACGACACUCACCGAACAAUGCAAGCGAUUUGUGAAUCACUACAGGUACUGAAAGAAUCUUGAAAGAUGAGAACUAAAAUCUACUGCAGAUACUAUUGUCGUACCUCAAACAUUGCCACGUACAACGAGGAGAUCAGAAUCAUUUGCGAAAGAUAUCGAACUUACUGUUCUGACAGAGUGUAUCCAUCCAUCAAUCAUGUGAGUUCAUGGCGAUUUUCGGACAUUAGGAAUACUUUUGAUGUUUUCAGAUUCGAAGGCAAGUAAAGUUUUGGGAGAGCGCAGGUGUCCCGAAGGCCACAAUUCAGGCAUUGUCCACUUGCUACACGCAUUGUAAAGAGACGGAUCCGGUGUGAGUUCCCCCGAUUUCAGGCUCCUCUGAAAGCAUAUUUAGUUGUGUAAACUCUUGCGAAUGUCUCCAUCUCCAAUGGAUGAUGAACUACGAGUGCUAUCCGGGAACCCGUGCUCCCGCGUACAAUAACUGCCAGAGAUGGGCGGCCAAGUGCCGUUUCGUCUGGAAACCGCGGCAAGAUUACACGCCGGCUGACUACAGGGAAAUGGCGCCGCCGCCAAUCGUCAGGGGUGUAUUCUAUGGAUAUGAUGGACUCGGUAAUCUUGAUUAUAUUCUAGAGAAAAGGCUCCAAUCUCAUUUCUCAUUCCCAUUCCAGCAUCUCACCGAACAUUCGAUCGUCCGCGCGAUCACGGAGUCUCUUUCUGGCGCGGAACGAACACAGUGCUCGUGGAUUGGCCGGAAGGCAAAGUGGCCGGAGGCACGACGAUCGAGGUGCCGUUCGCCGGAGUCAAUGUCAUUCCGAACCAGUACAACAUUGGAUUCCCCAACUUGCAGAGGGCCAUGCGCGAGUUUACAAAGUGGGUCUUAAGCCGGAAUGCACGGGAAAUGAAGGAAUGUUUCAGGCAAAACCCAGAUCAGCUGAAUCCUGGAACUGGAAGGAUGUCAGCGUUGAGUGCGGUGGCGAGGAACUAA